AUGCCACCCCGCGUCCAGCGUCGAGAUGUCAUCAUUCUUAAAGAACUAGGCUGCAACAUAGUAAGAUGUUCUCAUUAUCCACAGCAUACUGCAUUCCUGGAAGCUUGUGAUGAACUUGGUCUGCUCGUAUACGAGGAAGCUCCUGGUUGGGGUUAUAUUGGCGAUGCCACAUGGCAAGAUCUAGUCGUCAGAGAUGUGCAACAGAUGGUUUUGAGAGACCGGAAUCACCCUUCCAUUUUGCUCUGGGGUGUACGAUUGAACGAAACACCUAACAAUAAAAACUUGUAUACUCGCACUCAACUGAUGGCAAAGUCUCUUGAUGAUUCACGAAACACUUCGGGCGCAAUUGCAGGCCCAGACUAUGGAAUAACGGAUUUUCAACAAGAUGUCUUUGCCUUCAAUGAUUACUAUACUCAACUAAUAAAUGGAACUAAGUUCCCGCGAUUGAAACCGCCACGAACUGAGUGGCCUUUCGUGCUCACAGAAGCUGUUGGUGCGAUUUCUGGCCCAUCGAGGACCUAUCGAAGAUUUGAUCCUGUUUUUGACCAGCAGGCCCAGUCAGUAGCACACGGAAUGGUGCAUAGUCAAGCAGCCGCUGAUCCUCGCUAUUGUGGCGUCGUUUCAUGGUGUGGAUUUGACUACCCAUCUGCUGCAGGCACGGACGGCGUGAAGUAUCCUGGGGUGGUAAAUGAAUUCCGUGUGCCCAAGUUAGGUGCAGCAAUGUAUGCAGCACAAAUCAAUCCCAAGCAACGUAUAGUAAUUGAGCCAGCAUUCUACUGGUAUUUCAAUGGAACACAAUCAGUGAGCACUCUGGGCUCUCAGGCACUGAUUUGGUCAAAUGCUGAUAAACUCGAACUGUUCAUUGCCGAAAAGCACUUUGCAACACUUUCGCCUUCAACUGAUCUAUUCGGUAACCUUAGCUAUCCUCCCUUCAUUGCUGACUUUACUGCUGCUAUUAUAGACGCCAAUACUUCUUUGCCUGACCUACGUAUUGAUUCUUAUGCAGCCAGCGGACAAAAGCUCGGGUCGCGAUUGUUCUCCUCGAACACCUCCACAGAUCGCUUCUCCAUGAGUGUCGAUGAUGAAAUACUCUUUGCCGACGGUGCUGACUCUACACGCGUAAUGUUUCAAGUUGUGGAUAACUAUGGUGUGCCUCGGCCAUCGCUCUACGGCUAUGUUCAGUUUCAAUUGACUGGCCCCGCAAGGAUCAUCGGAGAUAAUCCCUUUCCUAUUGGAGCGACUGGAGGAGUAGGUGCCAUAUGGAUUCGAACCCAGCUAGGGUUGACUGGGAAUGUGACCGUAGUGGGUACACAUAGCUCGCUUGGGUCAGUAGGGAAGAACAUUUCUGUCCUAGCGUCACCGUCCUGA